AUGCCUGCGGACUAUGAGUCCACGGCCAGGGCAUUGUCCCUCUCGCCUUCUUCUCCGGACCCUAUACCUUCAUCCCCUGGCAGCGAUGUUCAUCCCCCUUGGAGUCGCGCCGGCAGGCGGAACUCUGGUUGGUCGAGCGGGCAGGCGAGCUAUCGCGAACAGAUCAUCCACCGUGGCACAGAGCUGUAUCACCGCAUGAAUAAGAUAUGGGCAGAAAUGCCCCUCUGGAAGAAAAUCGGGACCAUCUUGGCUUGCUUGUCCGUGGGCGCGUUGGGUAUUGGGUUCAUGGUGUUAACUGGAAAGCUGUUUAUCUGGCUUGGCCCGGUCGCGGAGAAGUGGGAGACCUCCUGGUUAGCUGCCUUUAUUCUGUGGCUGUGCGUCUUUUUCGUCUCAUUCCCGCCUCUCGUGGGAUGGUCGACAUUUGGAACCGUGGCGGGGUUUAUAUUUGGUGUAUGGCAAGGAUGGCUAAUUUACGCUUCUGCCACAAUUCUCGGAUCAACUGUCUCAUUUUAUGUUUCGCGGACAGUUUUGUCUGGAUUCGUACAUCGCCUGAUGGAACGCGACAAAAGAUUCGCCGCAUUGGCCCUGACAUUGAAGUAUGACGGGCUCAAGCUCCUUUGCAUGAUCCGUUUAUGCCCAUUGCCUUACUCAAUCUGCAAUGGAGCCGUAUCCACAUUUCCUACAGUGCAGCCACUGAUGUAUGGACUUGCCACGGCCAUCAUCUCUCCCAAACUGUUGAUUCCUGCAUUCAUUGGGAGUCGGAUACGUCUGCUCUCCGAAAAGGGGGAAGAGAUGAGUGCGGGAUCCAAAGCUGUGAAUAUCUGCAGUAUUGUCCUAACAGUCUGUGUUGGAGUCUUUACCGGGUGGUAUAUUUACCAAAGGUUUGACCCCUCCGAGUCUAUCCAUUCUCAAUGUCUCAGGAAGCCGAUGCUAAUUUGUUCUUUCUCCCCUUUUAGAACCUUAGUUCGUGCAAAGGAACUCGAAGCCCAAGAGCGUGCAGAUAUCCGAGACUCCCUGGAAGCUGAUCAUGCAGCGCACCGCCCUCAUCGUGCGUUUUCAGAGGAUCCUGAUGUGAAUGAAGCUGCCACUACGCUGGCCAGAGACGAAGAAGAGCGGAUUGGAUUCACUGAUCUAGACGAGGACAACGUUGACCUGGUUUUGGGCGACAGUGAUAGUGACCAGCCGGGUCCUUGGAAGAAUUCGACCAGACGACCGUAUCACGAUGAGUUCACUGAUAAUGAUUCAGACGGCUUCGCAGGAGAUGAUGAGUCAUAUAAUUUGCACACUCAUGUUCAAAACUAA